AUGAUGUUAGAAAGAAUGCAAACAACGUCCGACCAAAAAUAUUGCCAGAGAAUAACAAGGCAAACUUUAGAAGAAACUCUAAAACAGUUUAAAGUAAAAACUACUUUUGAGUUGGACCUGGAUUUCCUGGAGAGACGCCAAAAUGCCACUUCAGGAGCAUCAGGAUGCCAAGAGAGCAGUCAGGAGCAGGAGCAACGGUCACCGAUCGAGAUCAGUCCAGAGUCGGUUGACAGAAUUAAAGUUAUUCUAUUGGGGGCACCAGCCGUUGGCAAGACUUCUAUAAUACAACAAUUCGUAUGGAACGACUUCUGCGAAGACUACAUACCCACAGAAAGAAAACACACGUACUAUCCAUCGGUGAUCACGAACGAACGUCUAUACGAAAUAAAGAUUUCUGACCUUCCGGUCAUACCGUACUUUCCGGUCAAUUCUUACUAUGAAUGGGCUAACUAUCGGUACUACGGUUUGCGGAGCGCCACUGCAUACAUCUUAGUCUUCGAUCUUUCCAACAUAGACACUUUUCAAUACGUUCGAACACUGAGGGAACAAAUCUGUGAAUCCAGGAAUAUGCAGAACGUUCCUCUCCUGGUCGUGGGCAAUAAACAAGACCUCAUAGUACCUGAAGAAGGCUCUAGUAACAGUUCGAAACCGGCUAUAACCAGCGGUUCAGACGAGAAGCGUAGGGAUAUAGUUAAUUUAGUAAAGAAACACUGGAAGUCAGGUUAUAUUGAAUGUAGCGCCAAAUACAAUUGGAAAGUAGUAGCUGUAUUUAAAGAAUUAAUAAACAUGAUUGACAACUUGAGUAGUAGAGAUCAAAGCCCGAUGUUAGAUAAUAUUCAGGAAGCUUUAGAUAGGAAUAAGUGUAUUGUUAUUUGA